CGCCCCGCCCCCUUCUCUGACUGGCUGCCCCACAUCAACACCGCCCUGUUCCAGGCUGACCGACCCUGGAGUCGAAGUGGUCGGAGGCCUUUAUGGCUGUGGAAUGCUGGAAAGUAUGUUAUGUAUAAAGGCAUAUACUUUUCAUAAUAAAUGAAAAUGGCCAAUUCUUUAAGAGGAGAAGUACUGAACCUUUAUAAAAAUCUGCUGUAUCUUGGACGAGACUAUCCAAAAGGAGCAGACUAUUUUAAAAGGCGUCUGAAGAAUGUUUUCCUUAAAAACAAAGAUGUGAAGGACCCAGAGAAGAUCAAAGAACUUAUUGGACGGGGCGAAUUUGUAAUGAAAGAGCUAGAAGCCUUAUACUUCCUUAGGAAAUACAGAGCGAUGAAACAACGCUAUUAUUCAGAUAUCAACAAAACUAACUGAUCACGAUUACUAUAAUUUGACUGAAAUUCAGUGUCAGCUAUCUAUGUAUACCAGAUAUGAUAAAAAAUAAUUGUGUCUUAAAAUGGCAAGAUAUACAGGUUUUGUAAAAAAAAAAAAAAAAAAAAAAUACCUGUGCUGCCUUAUUGAACUAAAAUAGGUUUCAAUUUCUAUUCACAGAGCUUCAUCAACAACACUUUAUGCUUAAUUUUACACAAAAUUAGCAACAUAGCCAACUACCAAUUAAAAUUUAAUAAAUACCCAAUUUUGAAUGAAAACAUAGUACACUUGAAAUAAUUUUAACUUAGUAAGUUUUUGCCAAUUAUUCUUAGCCUCUUUCUCCAUUUUACUGACAAGAGAAUGCCACUUAAUGCACAUUUAACUAAGCAAAAUAAUUUCUUAUACAUUAAUUCCCUUAACUUUUGAAGGAAUACCAGCUUAUUUUUGGCCCUAUUUGGCACUUGACAGCACACAUUCAAGGUUCGAUACAAAACAAUAGCACCUGGCAAUGAUUUAAGUGUAGUUAUAGAAAUAAUAUGUAUGGAGUAAGAUUAUUUCUGAUCUUGAAGUAGGCUGCCAGUGAUUGGCACUACAUACAUACCUAUUUAAUAUCUUCCAUUAUUAAUUUUGCUGCUGGUUCUCUUUGGGUCUUAAAACAAGUCACCUGUUGUGUAUCAAGUACUUUUACUGAUAAAAAGUAAUAAAUAAUGUUAUUCUAUUGUUUCAUCAUAAA